CAGCUGCCAAACACACACGGUCACACGCACACACUCUCUCUUGUGUUGUAGUCAGUCCGUCAGCCGAGCUGUAUGACACAGCCGCUUCCCCCCAGGUGGCACAGACAGAGCGUUUAGUCAUUUUGUUCCCGUUAUUUUUCUUGUUUUUGGAGCUUUUUAUUCCCUCCUCUGCUUGGAUACUGCUUACCUACGGCAUUGGAUAUGUGCACACAGGAUGAGGACAACCCCUUUCCUACCCGUAGAAGUAAAAUAAAAUAGGCUUUCGGACGCACUGGAUUUACUCCUGUCAUUCCAUAUGAAGAAGUCAAAAAGUUGGAUACACGUCUGUGUCCGUUUCCUGCUGUUGAUCAUACUUACGAUAAGUUCAUAUUCAGCUAAAGUCAGCCCCGUGACCGAUGACAUCUCCAAACUCUUCACUCUGAAACACAAUAUUCCCAAAGAUUACAAAAUUCCUGUGCACUACGUUCCAAAACAAGAGGGCGGGAUGUGUUGGGUGAAAUUAAACGUCUUCUCCUUGGAGUCGAGCUUACACGAUUUAGCGCAUAAGUUUGGAAACAUAUCGUCCAACAGAAACGACAUUAGUGUAAUCAUUGUAAUACUCCAAGACCUGCGGUUCAAAUUGGGUCCUGUGGAUCUGCUCAUGUAUGAAUUUGAGUGCCACUACAGGGAAGAGCGGUGGCAGCCCGAGCGAUACUUUGACUUUCUGAAAGAAUACCUUAUAGCUGCGAAGAAUGAAGGAGAUUCAUACGACUGUCAUCCUCCUCCCUGUCCCGUCACGCCACUCGAUGCAUCAACGCAAACUUUUACAGAAGCGCCACCCACUCCCAGGAGUGAAGACCGAGAGUGUCCAACUGGCUGCACAGCGCGUCAAGAACCGAGACUCCUGCCUGAGGUGGUGGAGCGAAGCCUUCUCUCCUUACUCUUCAUUCCACUGUUAGCCCUGGCAUUCCUGCUCGUGUGGAAGGUCAGAUCACGGAGGCACGGGGAUGAUCUUGAAGAGAAUCCCGGAGAAAGUGGAGUCUUCACAGGAACAGAAGGGACUGCACCUCCACUAGAUGCUGAGAUAUCAGAAAAAAACAUGCUGAACGUCAUUGAAACGGUGUAAUGCUUCUACCCAUCGAUGUUCUUCAGUUAAUUUGGACUCUACCCCUCUCUUCUGCUGGUGUCCAAAGGUGGAAAACAAACCCAAAGCUGAAUUCCUGACGCGAGGCGAAAGGCCUGUUUUCGACAGCUCUCCAGAUUCAUGACGGCAUGAUGACAAAUUGCAAAGACCAUGUUUCUCCUGGCAAAAUCCUGCCAGAUCACGUGUGGACAAGCUUGCCUUUCUUCUAAGCUGUAUUAACCCCAUGAUUUUGGAAAGAAAGCAAAAGGAUUUUGAGAAUUUAACUGAGAGACGCCGCCCUCUGUCCCCUCUUCAUAUCCCCCCCCCCCCCCCCCCCCCCCCAACUUUGGAUUUUCUGGCCCCUUCCGAAAACCUGCUGCAUUGUCAACUUUUUUGGGGAAGACUUUGCCUCUCUUCAGUCUGCCUGCAUUCGUUCCGGUCUUUCCCCAUUUGUCUGUCACGGAUAGAGAAUGACUGAUGCUGGUGAUCUUCCUUGUGUGAACUGAGGCGUGAAUUACUACCUCCGGUGACCCUCAUGCUUAUCACAUCCUCAACGAGCCCCACAGCCUCCCUCCGGUGCGGGAUCCCCCAAAGAAUAACAAGCGUUGAACUUCCGCGGUGGAGUCGCGUGGUCUUGUUGGUUCUCAUACCCACAGGAGGGUAUGGUGGGUUUAUUUAUUUGGCGGCGGCACCCGGCUGCCGCUGUUCACACCACUGAGAUGUUUCAAGCAAUCAUUUACGAGCACCUUGUACUAAUGGGUCACAUAUAAAGAACAGUCUGUAUACUAAUGCAUAAACUCUCCGAAACGUAUUCUUGAACAAGUGAAAACUUCCUUGUAGGUUAUUAUUGUGGAUAUUUACGAUAUGAUGUGGGUGAUGUAGAAUGGGUGAAGUGCUUACAUGGAGACAAAAAAUAUUUGUAUACAAAAAAUAUGCUGCUUUGACUAACUUUCCUGUAGAAUAUUGAAAUCUGCGAUGACAUUCUCCCAGCAAGCAUCAGGGAUGACUACUGUGGGUCCAGAAUGAUUUUGUUUGUUUUAUUCUUUUUGUUUUAUAAGGUGAAUAUAGUUGUCAGGUACAUAAAAGAAAAUAACGGACCUCCCGUAGAGAACGUUAGUCGGACAAUGCCUUUCUUUUUUUUUUUUUUUAAUUUGUCUCCGCUUUAUGCUUCUGAGGUCCAAACUGUUACAUUGGAGAUUUCUUUUGUUGGCCAAGAAGAAGAAAAAAAAAAUUGCAAAAUUCUGACACUGUCUAAGACGUAACACAACUGUAUGAUCCAAUUUUACAAAUAUAUAUCAUCUUAUAUAUUUUUUUGUUUGUCUGUUUUCGACUGUUCUUUCAUUGAUCCAAUCAAACCCACCCAGCUUAGACUGUGUUCACUCUGACUUUGCCCCCCCCCCCCAGUAUCAGCAGCUUUCUGGUAUAAUAAAAAUCUAAUUAUCGACAACCUGACGGAGGCCACUCGCACAUUUAUAAAUACUUAGAAAUACUCAAGGAUGAUAUUUCUGUUCUGGUGUACCUUGGUUACUUUGAUGGCCCCUCAAUUUUAGUGUUUUUUUUUUUUUUUUUGCCUUAAAAUUGGACUUUAACUAAAAAAAAAAAAAAAAAAAGGUGAGAAGCUUUAAUUUCUUUCUUUUUUGCCCAGCUGAUUGUUGGGGGUCCGCAUGUGGUUAAGCUAAAAGCAACUACUGGAGCCCUGAGGCUCACUAAUGUUUAUUGGUCCUUACCUGCACUCUUUGCCAAGUUCUCUCCCAGAUCUGAUGAGUCUGGAGCUCAGUGGUACUCCGUCCCAUUGGAGGCACAUAGAAAAAAGCCAGUUUUAGUUAAAUGUUUAAGAUAUCUUGUAAAAGUCCAACAAAGCAGUUCAUCUCUAUAAGUCAUCAAUCAAACGGUAAAACCACAGUUAUGGCUUGUUUUGUAAAAUGUGGAAUGAAAACACUUAUGUUGUGCAAAUUGCCCAAAACCUUAAUUUAUUUUUAGAAGCACAUUGACAACACACCCAGUGUUGAAAGAGAAAUUUCUGCAACACAAAAUUUGGACAGGGGCAUGUUCAUUAUCGUGUUGCAGUAAUAAUAUAUCCAAGGUGUUUAUGAGAUAAAAGUUUGGAAGUGAAGUAUUUUGGAUGUUGGACUGCAGCCUUUUCCCCUGUUUAUGGUUUGUUGUUUUCAGGUUUUUCCACUUUGCAAACAUCCGGUCAUAAAGCAGACAGACAGAAUACUUUAUCAUACAAUGUAUGGACAACCAGAACGGGUAAAAACUUUUGGACUCCCACACCAAAAACCAAUAACAUGGGUGGUCCUGACCCUCUGUAGCUCCUCAUCCAUUAUUUAACAGACAUUUAAACAUUUCAGAGUUCUUAAACCAAACGCAAUCUUCAAAAAACAUGUUCAUAAAAAUUUAAUAGACAAUUUAUAACAAGGCACAUAAAGUAUUAUUGGUGCUGGAUCUUCAGAUGAUCAUAUUCAUUUUAAUCUUUUCUUCCUUCCAGUAAUAUUAAUUAAAUCCUCAUCUUCAAGCCAGUCCCAGUUAACAACGCAAAAAUGGCAAUCCCUUAAAUGAUUAUAAAUCAUUAUAAAAACAAGCAGCUGACGGAGCAGUUGGGCUGAAUAUAAUCAUAUAUUGUUCACCUCAUAAUUGUAUUGUUGAACCGUAACUUUAUCCAUUACAGACAUUGCUCUUUUUGUGAAUUACUGUUGUUUAUUGGAUUUUAAAAUGUGGCAUACAUCAUUUAUAAAACACUCUUUCUGAGGUUUAAAAGAAAAAUGAGCUUAUUAAAUCCACCACCUACAAUUGAAUCUUCUUAUUAGGUUAUACAUAAAAAAAUCAUCAUUUCUAACUUGAUUUACUCAUUGAGUGCAAUGUUUUGUGAGUUUGCUUGCAAUGCAUUAUACAUACAGUAAGCCCUUUCAAGAGAUGUUAAGGAAGCAUGUCUGCUUCUUAUUUCUGUAACUUUGUUCUUGUUUGCAUGAUUGUGUUAAACUGCAUUCACAGACGGAAGUUUCCACAAGUGUUAAUGCCCCCGUGCACUGAUUUCGACCACACCUGUUUAAUGCAGUGCUGCCCAAGGAUGCUUCGACUUUCUGUUAAUGUCAUUUCAGCUCCAUCUUUUUGUCUUUUUUUUUUUUUUUCUUUUUGAAACACAUUUUAACACAGUGGUGAGCCAAUCAUAUAGUAUAUACAGAAUACAUUUGAUGCAAUAUUUUAUUGCCCCUGUCCCAGCUUUUUGAAAUGAGCAAUUUUUCUUGGUCCAGAUUUGACAUACUUUCUUGGUACUAGCUUCAGGUAAAUAUAGAUCUGAAUUGCUUUUCACACCGUUGCAUUCUUUCUUAUGUAGUUCUUACUUUUACCCAAAGUCUCUGAUUGCAGGCAUCAGUGGGAUUGCUAUGAUGUUAAGAGUGACAGGGCACGCUGGCUGUGACCCCGCCCAUCUGGCGACUAGCUGAGAAUAACACAAACGUCUGUUUGUCUUUCAUAUUUGUGGUCUUACGUUGUACUUUACCCAUGUGUAUGUGUGUGUGCGUGCGUGUGUGUGUGUGUGUGGGUGCCUUGUUUGAUUAGCGAGACUGAGUCAAGUGUAAAUGGCAAAAACCUCUGUUUAUGUGUGAUAGAAAGCGGCGUGAUGAUUGCCGGGUAGAUUACAAUAUUCUCGUAUAUCCAAAAUAUACAACUCUAGGUCCAUUUCCUUUUUAGAUGGAAAAAAAAAAUAAAAAAUACCACAGCUAUUUGGAUUGACCUGUGCCCAGUUAUAACUUGCAAUCUAAUCUUUUGGUAAAGUUGUAUGUAUUGGUAUAUCAAAACUGCCACAGCAAACUGGCGUGGUUGUGCGGUUUCUGUCCACGUUUCAUAUGUUGACCUGUAGGAAACACUUCAACUGGUAACUGCUUGUUUCCUGAGUACUUAGGAUUGUAUGUGAGGAUGUUUUCUCAAAGGAGACAGUGGUGUAUUGUGCAAAACUAAAACUGUAUUUAAAAAAAAAAACUAAAAAAAAUAAAGUAUACCACAUUGGUGUUCAUAUAGCUCAGAUCAACUGUACCUCGGCAUCAAUAGCUGGGAGUCCUCGGUGAGGUAAAGUAUUGUCUGUUAUGUUGAACUGCAACAUAAUUUUAUUGAUUCCAAAAUGCAUUUUUAAAAGGAUGUUGGUAAUGGUGACGCGUUACCUGUGCCAUGGCAGUUUAGACCCGAGUCUGUAGGGAAAACUGUGCCACGUUGGCGUCUUCGUCGUCGUCCGUGGUUACUGUACUUCUCCAACAGAGUUUGUGUUGUAGUGACGUACCGUUAAUCUUUGGUGUUGGUCAAAUUUCACAAUUCAAAGAUGCAUUUUUGAACCACAAUGGCGUGUACGCAAUCUCUCUAGCAGUUUAGACCUGAGACUUUCUCUCCUCAUCUAGAUUGUGCUUCUCUACGUGACGACUAUUAUAUGCAGUGCCCAGUAUUCCGACAGACAAAAGGCUCGUGUAGCCACAAACUAACAAACAAGGUAUAACUAUGUCAAAAGUUUGCUUUUUAUACAUAGUCUAUGAAUAUAAUGAGCUGCAACAGGUCUAAGCUGUGAAAUAAAACUAUAAAAAAUGCAAAAAAAAAAAAAAAAAGAUUACAUGGUCUCCCAUUUUCCUGGUCGUGUGAGAGCUUCAAAUA